CAAAGCCUGAAGACCCGGACGCCCUUUCUUUUAUCCCUCCCAGUCUCGACACUCGGCCGUCCGGCGUCUCUUCUCGGCGAUCAACAUUGCCAUUUUUACAUUUAUCUUCUCUUGCUCUUCAACAGACUCAUUUAUUUGUUCGCUGCAUCGUUACAACGUCGAAGCUUGUAUAUGAUGCAGGGUUUAUUAACCAAAGGCACUUCACGGAGGGCGUUAUCCGCUUUGGGAAAUAAAUUUGUCAACGCUUCAUGUUCUUCUUUCCUGCAAAAACAAUAUUUCAUCACGUCUUCAUUGCAUGGAGAAGUCAUCAAAUGUCAAAAACAAGCUAUUCCUGGUGAUUUUUUGAAAUGGGGUUCCCUUGGUUUCUGUAGAACCUCAAGGUUUGCCACUGGAUUCACUCCACUGCAACCUAAGCCAUUGGAUUCAAUUAUUGACAUUGAAAGGGCUAAUAAUCAAUCACCCGAGGACCUUGCCACCAUUUGGGAUGAUUAUCACAUUGGUAGAGGUCAUAUUGGUACUUCUAUGAAAGCAAAAUUGUAUCGUCUCUUGGAACAAAGGGCAGUACAUUGCCGGUACUUUGUCAUUCCUUUGUGGAAAGGAAGUGGUUAUACAACAAUGUUUGUUCAAGCCCAGAUGCCACACAUGCUGUUUACUGGCCUUGAAGAUUACAAAGCUAGAGGAACCCAAGCUGCACCCUAUCUCACUGUUUCUUAUUACACAGAAUUUGCUGAAACCAAGGAUUUGGUGCUUAUUCGAGGCGACAUUGUGUUCACCAGCAAGCUUACUGACUCUGAGGCAAAAUGGCUUCUGGAGACUGCACAAUCCUUCUACUUGAAUGAUGUAAGGUACAAGUUGGUCGAACGGUUCAACAGAGAGACACAGGAAUUCGAGUUCAAGGAUGUCUUGCGAGCAUUGGACAUGCCCAUCUUGUAGUUUCUCCAAAAACAAAGUAUUUUGGUCUUAACAGCGACUCAAGAAGAAUCUGCAGCACCGUAUGGAGUUUCAUCCUCUGCUUUCUGCCCAUUAUAUUAGUGAAGACUGAUUCUCUUCUUUUGUUUUCUAUCCAAAUUAUAGCGGAUGUAUAAUUCUAGAUGAACUGUUAAUUUAGAAUAUUAUUAAGUUAUUCAAACAUCAUGUGCCAAAAAGAUAUUUGAUUCCCAUAAGCGCCUCAUGUUUGUUUGGCGGCUUUUUUUGGGUAAAUUAUAAGCAAUAAUUUUCACCAUUUCUAGGGUACCCACCACCACCAGGGUAGAAAA